AUGGAAACAGGAACAGCCUGGGGAAAAGCUGGUCCACAUAACCUGCGUGAACAAAGAGUUUGGCCUCCUCCCGAAAGUGAAAUUCGCAAAGGCGCUUUUACAGGUACUCGUCUUACAGCUGUUCAGUGGCCUCCCCCUGAAUUUGAACAACAAGAACAGCAAGAUAUCGAAGUCCUUCAAACUCGAUUGCCCGUAAAACCAAAUCAACGCCAGUGGCCACCACCACCACCCGAAUUCAGACGUGAGUGUUGUCUGCUCAUUUUUUUUUUUUUUUUUAAGCAGGAAAGCAGCGGCAUGUAG